CCUCCAGCAGCCCCAGCGUGCGAGAGAGGAUGCAAGAGGUCAUUGCAGGGCUGGAGCGGUUCACCUUCACCUUCGAGAAGGAUGUAGAGAUGCAGAAGGGCACUGGACUCCUGCCUUUCCAGGGCAUGGACAAGUCGGGCUCAGCUGUGUGCAACUUCUUCGCUAAGGGGCUCUGCGAGAAAGCCGGGAGAGUGGCUUCCUUUCCCCACUCUUGUCCUCUGAAUCUAUACAAGACCUGCUCAGCUAUACAAGACCAUUUCUUGUGUCCUAAGAGAGGUCUGCCCACAGCCCGUGAAAUGCUACAGCAAGCACCCCGAUUUCUCGCCCACCCCAAUGGCGGCUGUGCCCGUUCCGGCACGACAGAGGGGAGAAGAUGGUGGUGUGCAAGCACUGGCUUCGCGGCCUCUGCAAGAAGGGCGACCAGUGCAAGUUCCUGCACCAGUAUGACGUCACCAGGAUGCCCGAGUGCUACUUCUACUCCAAAUUCGAACCGGCUAAUCGCACAGCCAGACUGGCUGUCUGGAAAUAAGCCUGGAACAGGCCAUCUCUCAAGCCCCCGGGAGUGGGUCCGAGCUAGCGUUUCCCAAACAGCAGACCCAUUCACCGUGCUCGCGGUCCCUACGGAGCACCUGCCCCAUCGCCACGCACCGUCGACCGCUCUUUCAACCGUUUUGCUAUUCUUAAUUCUUCUUUUAGAAGAAAAUGUUACAUUGCUUCCAUCAAUGGAAAACCAGCAUCGCUUAUUGGCAGUAGAAAGUCACUGUAAACACACGAUCGUGAGCUUCAGAAGUGUGGUCCCUGAGAUGGUCUUGUGUGGUCAGAUCUGGACCCACGCCCCCCCUCCCUCUGACUCAUGUCUUUGUCCUCCGAGGGGCUACAUAGGGGAAGCCACAGCCAAUUCUCGCCUCGUUUAUGAACAGAUUCUGUGAAUGUGUUUCAGGUCUUCGCUUUCUCAAUAAAAUUUUACAGCUCAGUGCUUUACAGAGUUGGAAGGAGCCUUAAGGAUUAUCUAGUCCAGUGGUUUUCAAACUGUACUCUGAAGAGGGACUUGGAGGGAGAGAGCUGGACCAGUCUCCAGGGACACCUCUGUCUGAGGCCGCUUGCCUUUGAAGCGUUGGGGGCUGUGGGCAGCUGUUUCUCAUUAGUGUUGAUGGAUGGGGGGUCCUGGGUAUCCAGGAAGAAGGCAAACCACCCUCCCCAUCCCAAGGUCAGCAAGGGCUUCCCCUAGGCUCAAAUUCUGUUUCCUGCCUGCUCCCUGGACUUGAGAACUGGCUAUGGCAAUCCAGGAGGGAUGCCUGCAUGUGUCUCUUGUAAGGAAGGACAAAGUUUAUCUGGAGCCUGGCUCCCCUUGGUCAUCACCUAAAAUUUUUAUUUUAAAAUGCCACUUUAUUCUUUCAGUAAGCCCUGGUCGGUUUCCUUUUGGGGAUCGGGUACUGGGCUGGGGCCUGGAUAUGGGAAUAGGACCAGGUCCCCUUCUGCCCUCAAAUAAUUCCCAUUGUGAGGGGCAGACAUAUACAUCAGUGGUUACAAUAUGUAACCUGUAUUUUUGAUCUUGGAGUUAAUGAAUGAGAGAUCUCUUUCUAAUGUCAAAGUGUACUUAUCAUUUUUAUUGGGAGUGAAUUGUUUUACUUUAAAAAUGUUGUUGGGGAGAUGUAGGAGUGGGGAAGGGCAGUUGAAACGGGCUAGGAAGCCCCGGUGGGGACUUCGGCUCUGCUCUUGAUUGUGCUCGUCCAGAAGGUACCUGGGGCUGGUGUCUGUGACAGGCGGACCGCAGGGUGAGGGGCGGGUGCCACCUGCUGGCUGAGAGAGGAGCGCAGAGCCGGCACCCAGGCCAGGGCGGAAAGGCAACCCCGGUGCACUGACUUCCCAGGGUCUCCCUCUAUUAAUGUUCGCCAGCCCAGCGGGGGAUGUCACUUCCAUUCCUUAGGAGGAUGGAGCCCAAAGUUAGCACCGUACAAGUGCAAGGUGGGAAGCACUUGCCAGCUCUCUACUGAAGCCUGCUCAUGGUUCCUUCAGAGCCCCGGGUCCCUAAGGGAAGUCUAAGAGGGCCCUUCCAGCAUCUCCUGGUGGUCUACGCAGACAGGGCUGGCUGCUCCUAGGAGAGCAGGAGUCUUGGUCUAACGCACAGAUUAGAGCACAGGCUUAGAGGAACUGCAGGUGUCCCUCUGCACCCCGUUUGUCUUCAUCCCGGUGGUGACUGUGAGGCAGUAUUCUGCCCUUCUUGGCGUUUCCCCCAGAAAGAACUGCACCCCGGGGUUUGGAAGCAGUGUAGGUCUCAUUGUGGAGACAGAGAGAGGGCUUUGACCACAACGCAUGGCAACAUCUCCGUUCAGCGUCUACGUCCUCUUGGGCCUCUAGCUCUGGGACUCCCCUUUCCCACCUCUCCCUGUCCCUUCCUCCUUAGUAGCCCCUAAGCACCUCCAGUUCCAGUCCCUCCUCCUGGAUGUCUGGCCCUGCCCCAACUCUUCCAGACAUGGCUGCUCACACCCAAGCCCCGUUUGGCAAAUACGAUUGGGAUCCAGCUUUCUUAGGUUGCAGGAAGGAUUAGAAAUAUCUUGCUGUCUUCAAGAAGCUGCUGAUGACCAGAAGGCAGGCAGGUGGCUUAUAUGCAAGG